AUGAAUCGCAUGGAGCCCAAAGACUGGCAUGCGAUGGGUCAGAGAGGAAUCGAUGGUUGGGAAGAGGGCUACGGGGGGGUAAAUGAGUGGCACAGGAAACCUAAUUCCCGAGGAGGGUCGCGGAGCUCGCUGGCCCGAAUACCUGGGACAUUUCGUAUACAUCAGAUUCAGCAGCAGGAGCAACAGCAGCAGACUCUCCUACUACGAGGAGCUGGGCAUGACUGCGACAAGCCAGCGACGGUCGGCCCUUACGGUCGCUUGGCGGGCGCUGAUUGGUGGGGGAAUUCAGGCCAAUUCCUGGCUCCGAAUCAGGAUCCGGAUCAGUCUGCUGCCUCCAUCUUUUUAGUCGCAUUUCUCUGCUGGAUGGACAGUCUACUAGUCAUGAUGCGUAUGUCUCGGGUCUUGGGGGGGAAGCAAAAAACAGCCUGCGCCUGUGUAGUAGUGAAGAUCUCGACCCGUCCUGCGUGUCAGUUAAAAGACGUGACAUCCAGACAGGUAGACCAACAAACACACCAUCAUUCCGAGACGGAUGAUCAGGGAGGAGAAAGCAGUCUCGAGAGUAAGUAUGAGAGAAAGAAGCAUGAAUGGGUUAAUCUAAACGGACGGCGCUACUGCAGCUUUAGUGCUUCGAGAAACGCCAAAAACCCAUCCCGACCCGCGCCACUGGCCACGCCCGCCGUCACGGGGGGAAAAGGAGGGGCAAUGAGUUGGAGGAGGUUGGAGGUCAUAAUGGGGAUUGGACGUUCCUCGCGCAUUGUGACUGGUUCUUGGGUCACUGAAACUCCAACCCACCCGUGGAUGGAGGCAACAGCAUCCACCGGCAUUUGGCUUCUCGAAUGA